AUGGCAAUCAUCAAUCAGCUGAAUAACUGGGGUAUCGGUGGCCGAAUGCUAAACUACAUAGCUGAUUUUCUCCAAGAUAGAAGAAUCCAAGUGCUUGUAAACGGAACACGAUCCCACUCAAGACCCAUCCAUGGUGGUGUACCCCAAGGCUCAGUAAUAGCGCCAACCCUAUUUCUUGUAGCAGUCAAUUCCAUCUUCGACAAGGUCCCGAACAACAUCCAAACGCUGGUCUACGCUGAUGACAUCCUCCUGAUAUCAUCCUCAGCCUACUCUAAAACUACCAGAAAGAGACUCCAGACAGCACUAGAUAAGAUAGCAAACUGGGCCCCUACGGUCGGCUUCCAGUUUUCCCCAAGCAAAUCCCAUCUCAUUCACAUCGGCCCAAACCGAAGAAGACUUGGCAAGCUCCCCAAACUUAUUCUCAACAAUCAAACAAUCUCAAUGAACCGCCAUACCCGCCUGCUGGGAAUAUGGUUGGAUGACCGUCUCAACUUCAAGUAUCACUUGGACCAAACAAGAAAAAAUGCCAUAGGCAAAAUAUCUAUUCUGCAAAUUUUAGCUAACAAAACCAGCUACGCUCACAGAGACUCCCUCUUCCGUUUCCUCCACGGCUGGUUCCUACCAUCGAUUCUACAUGGCAUAGGCCUACUAAGUCGAGCCGAUAUGGAGGUAGUCAUCAACAAAUUGGAACCUCUGUAUAACCGCUGUGUCCGAAUAAUAAGCUCAGCCUUCUGCACCAGCCCUAUCCCCUCCCUGAUGGCCGAAAGUGGCCAAAUGCCGUUCAGAUACAUAAUCGCUAAGCAGCUAUCCUCCAAAGCACUUAGAUGGCUAGCCAAUGGUGGUUCCAGAGAGUCACUUAUGGUUACCAGAACGAACCAGCUUCUCUCCGAAAUAACAGGAAACGAAAUACCACCAAUCUGCCCGCGACCAGAACCCAAAAUCCGAUACUGGAACGACAAGACUCCAAAGGUGAACCUGACUUUGCUCCGACGGACCAAAACCAACGAUCCCCCAAACCUCAUCCAAUCUCAAUUUCAACAACUCGUUGAACAUAAAUUUAAACACCUCCCUCAAGUCUACACAGAUGGAUCAAAAACAAACUCCGGUCGGGUAGGCAGCGGUAUAUACCACCGAACCAACCAACUCACUCUCCCCCUCCCAACACAAUGCUCAGUGUUCAGCUCCGAAGCUUUCGCGAUCUUGAAAGCCGUCGAGACACAUGAACCGAACACAGUCAUAUAUAGCGACUCAGCCAGCGUGCUCACAGCACUGACACAUGGCAGUAUCAAACACCCCUGGCUUCCCUCAAUAUCGAAGAUAGCUAUAGAGAAACACAUUACACUCUGCUGGGUACCGGGACACGCUGGUAUCCCCGGCAAUGAAGCAGCGGACAAACUCGCCGCAGCAGCUACCUUAUUGGAUCCCCCACCGAUAGCCAUCCCUCAACAAGACGCCUCACUCUACAUCAAAAACGCCCUCCAAGAGGCAUGGGACAUAAAAUGGGACUCGAACCACCAAGCAAAACUUCGGGAAAUAAAAAACUCCACAAACAAAUGGACCGACAGAUCCAAUCCGACCGAAAGAAGGGCCCUCACUCGUCUCCGCAUCGGUCACACUCGCCUCACCCAUGAACAUCUUAUUGCUAAAACCGACCCCCCCAUUUGUCCAUGCUGCAACACGGUGACAACGAUCAAACAUAUUCUGACAACGUGCCCACAAUAUCAACACAUACGACAGAUUUGCCACCUUCCGCCUAGUAUGCGGGAGAUGCUUUCGAACUGUCCACAGGAAGAGACCAACAUAUUGGACUUCCUCCGCAAAACAGAUCUAUAUCACAAAAUAUGA